AAUUAGGAAAAUGGAAGGAGCGAUGAAAGCACCGGAUAUGAAAACCCGGACUAAUACGCAGAAUUGAGCGAAGUUUAUUCCAGAUAAGAAGUUGUCUCAAGAGGAUUGAGGUAGGAUUAAGACUGUCUUUGAUCAAUGCACUGACAUUAUCAAGGAUUUGAAGGAGGUCAGACAAAAUAUGAGGAAAUAUGAUAAUUCCAAACAAGACAAGGUCUACAAAUUUGCUAAAGAUUUUGAGAGCAAGGUAAGAAGACUUAACGAGCUCGCUCCAACUCUUGAUGGAAUCCAGCUCCCACCUGAUCUGAUAGCUCUUAUUAAUUACGAUCUAAAAACUGCUUCAAUGGAAGAAUCAAAAGAUGAGAAGGAGACUACUAAAGACAGCAUUCUCAAAAAAUUCCAUGAAGAUCUAAACGACAGAGUCCUAUACUCCACCCAAUUAGGUAGAGGUACAAACAAAGCUUUCAAAAAACUUGAGAGGCAGAUGAAAAAGAAAGUCCAAAGCGUAAUCGCCGACAUCUAA